AUGGCGGAAAGAAACUCCGCAGAUUUGGCGUUUCUGCGGGAUGUUUUUGCGCAAGAGGUGCUCGUUUGGAGCAAGCUUCGACAUAAGAACAUCUGUGAGUUCGUGGGCGCGAUCAUCGGCGGACAGGAGUCGUACGAUCUGACAUCGACGGCGGAGGAUCACCAGGGGCAGUUGCGCGUGGGCAGCAACUUUUGCUGUUUGGUGUUGGAGUUUCUGCCGGGCGGAACGCUGAAGCAGCUCUUAGCGAAGCAGAGCAAGAAGAAGAAGCGGCUGCCGUUGAAACGCGCGUUGCAUCUGGCGUUGCAAGUCGCGGAAGGGUACGUACGUACGCUCGUUCGCAUCGCACGUGGAGCGUGGAUAGGCGCAGGCGCGGCGCGCCUGCGCUACCUGCACGCGCGCAGCAUAGUGCACCGCGACCUCAAGACCGACAACCUGCUGCUCGACCAGGCACACAGGGUGGUGAAGAUUGCCGACUUCGGCGUGUCGAGGGUGGAGCCGGGGGACCGCUCCAUGAAGCGACGCACCGGCACCUUCGGCUACAUGGCACCCGAGGUGCUCAAGGAGCAGCCGUACGAUCACAUGGCGGACGUGUACAGCUACGGCAUCGUGCUGUGGGAGAUCGUUACCUGUGGCAACCCGUUUCUCUUUGAGGGACUCAAGCCAGAGCAAGUCUGCUGCAUGGUCAACCAGGGUCUGCGUCCAGACAUCCCCUCGUCGUGCCCGCCCGCCCUCGCUGACCUCAUGCAGCGCUGCUGGCACCACACGCCUGCCCGCCGCCCGGAUAUGGCCGAGGUGGUGGAGCGGCUCCGCGUCCUCACCUUGCAGUGCUCGCCUGCCAUUCCCGCCUGUGCCUGCAUGUAG